CUGGGAGACGGUUGACAGGCUGAGAUGGUUUUGUUUUGUUUCUUUUAACGGGGAAAAAAAAAGGAGGAGAUGGAAGAGAAAGAGCGAAAGUAAGACAGGCGAACGGGAAGCCGUAGUGAAUGGGCAAUGGUUGUCUCCGCCGCCCCCCCAGCCGGGGGAGACCUCAACCCAAAAAGUAACGGAAAGAACCAAAAGGGAGAGGAGAGGAGAGGAGGGCUGGCCCGUCGGGGUCUGGAACUUCUUUUCCCCCUUCUCAACACGGAAUUACACUCUCCGCGGGUCCAUCCACGGCAGCCACGCCGAGCCGCGGGUUCGCCUCCGUGUUCCGUGGAAACUUCUGACAGGCAGCAACUUCGCUCUUCAACUUUCUUUUCUUCUUUAACACGAUCACGGCGCGUUUCGUUGCUGCUGUCCUGGCGGCAGGACUGGUCGCUUUGUCGUCGAAGGGGGGGACGUUACAACGUUUCCGCGCUUGCAGACGAGGGCGACGGACGCCGUGCUCACGGGAACGGCGAUGGAAAGGAUGUCGUCCUAGGAAAAACCGUCAUUGCGCAUUAAAAAGUGUUUGUCAGUAAACCGCGGUUUACCAGUAAUGUCAGCGGCUGGUAUGAUGGAUAGAUAGCAGGGAGGAGGAAGAGAAGAUGUCUUUCUUUGGCCUGGACCGUGUCAGGAAGAAAGAGAGCGAGUUGGAGAGGAGACUCCGUGCCAACGACAGAGAAUACAACCUGUCCUUUAAAUACGCGACGAACGCCAUCAAGACCUCCAAGUACAACCUCUUCACCUUCCUACCUCUCAACCUGUUUGAGCAAUUCCAGAGGAUCGCAAACGCCUACUUCCUUUUUCUGCUGGUGCUCCAGGUGAUUCCUCAAAUCUCCUCUCUGUCCUGGUUCACCACUGUGGUGCCUCUGGUCCUCGUGCUGUCAAUCACCGCUGCCAAGGAUGCCACUGAUGAUAUCAAUCGUCACAGGAGCGACAAUCAAGUCAACAACCGAAAAGCUCAAGUCCUUAUUGAUAGAAAACUACGGAGCGAAAAAUGGAUGGACAUCCAGGUGGGCGACAUCAUCAAGCUGGAAAACAACCAGUUUGUCACUGCUGACCUCCUGUUGCUCUCCAGCAGUGAACCACUCAACCUGGUGUACAUCGAGACGGCAGAGCUGGAUGGAGAAACUAACCUGAAGGUGAGACAGGCCCUGCCAGUGACAGGAGACCUCGGAGACGAUAUCGAAAAACUGGCGGACUUCAACGGCGAGGUACGCUGCGAACCCCCCAACAACCGCCUCGACCUCUUCACAGGAACGCUGUCGUACGCCGGUCAGAAAUAUUCGCUGGACAACGAGAAGAUCCUGCUGCGAGGCUGCACCCUGAGGAACACAGAGUGGUGCUUUGGACUGGUGCUGUUUGGAGGUCCAGAGACAAAGCUAAUGCAGAACUGCGGGAAGAGCACGUUCAAGAGGACCAGUAUAGAUCGUCUGAUGAACGUCCUCGUCCUCUGCAUUUUUGGUUUCCUGGUCGUCAUGUGCAGCAUCCUAGCAAUGGGAAACUGGUUCUGGGAGGUGAACAAGGGCUCGCACUUCACAGUCUUCCUGCCGAGGCAAGACAGCAACAAUGCUGUUUUCUCCGCCUUCCUCACCUUCUGGUCCUAUGUCAUCAUCCUCAACACCGUUGUUCCCAUCUCUCUCUAUGUCAGUGUGGAGAUCAUUCGGCUGGGCAACAGCUUCUACAUCGACUGGGACAGGAAGAUGUACUACGCUCGCAGUGACACCCCUGCUGAGGCUCGGACCACCACCUUGAACGAGGAGCUGGGCCAAAUCAAGUAUGUCUUCAGUGACAAAACUGGGACGCUCACUCAGAAUAUCAUGACUUUCAACAAGUGCUCCAUCAACGGCAAAUCCUACGGAGAUGUGUAUGACUACACCGGCCAAAGACUAGAAGUGACUGAGCAUACAGAGACGGUGGACUUCUCCUUCAACCCUCUGGCUGACCCCCGCUUCAUAUUCCACGACCACUCCCUGGUGGAGGAGGUGAAGCUGGGGACCCCGGAGGUCCAUGCCUUCUUCAGGCUGCUGGCCCUCUGUCACACCGUCAUGGCUGAGGAGAAGAAAGAAGGUGAGCUUUUCUACCUGGCCCAGUCUCCAGACGAGGGAGCGCUGGUAACAGCAGCCAGAAACUUUGGUUUUGUCUUCAGCUCACGUACCCCGGACAGCGUUUCCAUCGUGGAAAUGGGACAGCAGUGCAGCUACGAACUCCUGGCCAUCCUGGACUUCAACAACGUCCGCAAGAGGAUGUCCGUCAUAGUUCGGAGUCCAGAGGGGAAGCUCUCGCUCUACUGUAAAGGUGCAGACACAAUAAUCUACGAGAGACUGCAUCCGUCCUGCAGCAAGCUGAUGGACGUCACUACAGAGCACCUUAAUGAGUUUGCAGGGGAGGGCCUGCGGACGCUGGCGCUGGCCUAUAAGGAUCUGGAUGAGGAGUAUUUCAACCAGUGGAAACAGCGCCACCACGAGGCCAGCACCGCGCUUGACGAGCGGGAGAGCAAGCUGGACCAGCUGUACGAGGAGAUAGAGAAGGAUCUGCUGCUGCUUGGAGCAACAGCCAUAGAAGACAAGCUGCAAGACGGAGUACCUCAGACCAUUGAGCAACUGUCCAAAGCUGACAUCAAAAUUUGGGUUUUGACCGGUGACAAGCAAGAAACUGCAGAAAACAUCGGUUACUCGUGCAACCUACUGCGAGAGGAGAUGACUGAGAUCUUCAUCGUCUCAGGCAACUCACCUGAGGACGUCAGAGAGGAACUGAGAAAUGCCAGAACUUCCAUGAAACCCGAUGGAGCUGAUUCAGUGUUUCUGUCGGAAAGGAGUCUGGUCAAAGGUAUGAGAGUGAUCAAAGACGAGGUGGUGAAUGGAGAGUACGGCCUGGUUAUCAGCGGCCAUAGUCUGGCAUACGCCCUGGAGCGCGGCAUGGAGGAGGAGUUCCUGAGGACGGCGUGCAUGUGCAAGGCGGUGAUCUGCUGCAGGGUCACUCCCCUGCAGAAGGCCCAGGUGGUCGAGCUGGUCAAAAAGUACAAGCAGGUGGUCACACUGGCCAUAGGAGAUGGAGCCAACGACGUCAGCAUGAUCAAAGCGGCUCACAUUGGCGUGGGCAUCUCAGGUCAGGAGGGCAUGCAGGCCGUGCUGUCCAGCGACUACUCCUUCGGCCAGUUCCGCUUCCUGCAGCGCCUCCUGCUGGUGCACGGCCGCUGGUCCUACCUGCGCAUGUGCAAGUUCCUGCGCUACUUCUUCUACAAGAACUUCACCUUCACCUUCGUCCACUUCUGGUACGCCUUCUUCUGUGGCUUCUCUGCACAGACGGUGUAUGAUGAGUGGUUCAUAACACUUUACAAUCUGGUGUACACAGCACUGCCGGUGCUGGGAAUGAGUCUGUUUGAUCAGGAUGUGAACGACGUGUGGAGUUUCCAGCAUCCUCAGCUUUACGUCCCCGGUCAACUCAACCUGUACUUCAGCAAGAGGUCCUUCUUCAAGUGUGCCCUCCACAGCUGCUACAGCUCCUUGGUGCUCUUCUUCGUCCCCUACGCAGCCAUGCAGGACACCGUGAGGGACGACGGGAAGGACGUCGCCGACUACCAGUCCUUCGCCUUCCUGACCCAGACGUCUCUGCUGUUUGCCGUCAGCAUCCAGUUGGGGUUGGAGAUGUCUUACUGGACGGCGGUCAACACUUUCUUCGUUCUGGGCAGCCUGGCCAUGUAUUUUGCCGUCACAUUCACCAUGUACAGUAACGGCAUGUUCCUCAUGUUGCCGUCAGCCUUCCCUUUCAUAGGAACGGGCCGAAACUCUCUGAGCCAGCCGAACGUCUGGCUGACGAUCCUCCUCACCUCCACCCUGUGUGUCCUCCCCGUGGUUACCUACCGCUUCCUGCUGAUUCAGCUCUACCCCACCAUCAAUGACAAGGUGAUGUUCAAGGUGAGACAGGCCAAAGCAACACCUCCCCCUCCUCCUCGACGCGUCCGCAUGCGCCGCACCAGCUCCCGCCGUUCAGGCUACGCCUUCUCGCACGCGCAUGGCUACGGGGACCUGGUGACGUCUGGCCGGUUCCUGCGGCGUACCGCUGCGUCGCGACCCUCGGGUUUCGCCCACGCGGCUCGCACCACGGGCUUCAGUCCCAUGGGACGAUCGGCUGGAUACAGCCCGACGGGACGCGCCCAGAAUGCUAAGGUCUCGAAUGUGGAGGGGACAUCGCUUCAGAUGUACAGGACUAUCAGAGACCCCGCGCUCUGACAGACAGCGGCUCGGAUUCAGGAUGUGUGCUCGGAGAGAAGUCUGAGAGCAGGAAUGACGUGCUGACUGCACACCCGAAUGUCACUGCCAGUCAGAGUUCUUUAACGCUCACCUUUGUACAUUUGUUACCAUGAAGACCUUUGCUCGAGCCUCCCAGAGAACUUCAUGUCAGAGCAGUUUAUCGAGAAAGAUCUGCAGGAAAAUGUGCAGCCACUUGUGAUGGGGGCAAGGAUCACUUUCCUUAGAUCAUGAGUGUCCACGUAAAACACUGCCCAUGCAGAGCCGACGCAUGAGACGCUAACAAAUGAAAUGUUUUUGACACUAGGAACAGUAACAGGGUAAUCCAUUUUCCCGUAGGAACUUCCACAGAAGGGAAAGGAAACAUUUAGCUUCAUGAGAAGGAGAAAGUGUCAUAAUGUUUACAGACUCCCCUGACUUUGUUAACGCUGGGAGUCCAGACAGACAGCAGGAAGACAUGUUGCAUAAGUGUUUUAAUUUUUAUAUCCUAAGUGUCUUUUUUAAAGCAUUUUAUUUACCUAUCUUGUACAAGCAGUAUAGGGCUGUAUACCUAAGCGGGUAGCACUUUGGCAGCGUCACGUGGCAGGGGGAGAUCACCAAAUGUCAAAUAUCAUAAACACUCUUCUUCUCAGCGGCUGAGUAGCGGGGAAGAAAAAAAAAAAGAGAAUUGCAGCAGGAUUCAACACUGCUGGACCAUCCAGCUUAUGAUGGACGUGGCAGACCUUUUAUUCUCGCAGUGUGUUUUGUCUCACUUCUUCGCCGCGCUGUUAGAGUUUAGCGAAACUUAAAUGGCCGUGGUAGGAUAAAACAAAUCUGCAGGGUGGACGCUGGGCAGAGGAGGAUGCCAUUCUGCGUCGCACAGCCCGUUGUGUGAUUCACGCUCAAAAGAGAGAGAUAUUUAAAUCAUAACCAUCAAUUCCACUGUGUAAUGAGACAUACAUCAUAUUCUAAGGGUUUAUACUUUGAAAGUAAUAGUUUUAUUAUUGGUCAGAAAAUAAAGUGUUAUUGUUUUACAGAAAAGAAAUAUGCCAUUAUUUUUUGGAUCGCCAGGUUGUGAAAACUGCCUUUUGCGGAUGCAAAUCCUCCCCUCGCGCAACUUGUUCACAAUUGGUCUUUUUAAAUAGCUCUUCGAUGCUACUUGACGGGUUAAUGCAGUAAGUUAACAGGCUCUUCAUAAAAGGGGUCAAACUGUCCAGUGUCGGAGCCUUUCUGCUUGGUAAUUAAAAAGCCCUGCAGAUAUGCAUUAUCCAUCCGUAAUCUACACGCACUUUUAUCCGUGCAGAGCCAUGGGAGGUUGGCGUAUAUUCCAGCCUGUAUUGAGCAGAAGGUGGUGUACACCCUAAACCGUUUGCCAGUCGGUCUGUUUGCGAUUACAGGGAUUUUUCACGGCCUGACAGCCCCAAAUUUCCUCUUUCCAGUGGCUUAUUUUUGAUCUGUGUAUUUAUUAACCACUUAUAAAGUUAUUAGUUAUCUGAUAAACAAAUUAUUAAAGCAUUGCUUAUUACAAAAUGGUACCAAAUUGUCGGCAGUGCAGCAUGAAAUUUUCCAGAAUGUGCCUUAACGUUAAGGUCUCAGGUUUACAUUCUGAGCUGCUUUCCAAUUGUAGCAACUGAGAGUGUAAAAAGCCAUAUACGGGCCUACUGUAUUGCACGUGCAUUUAUUCAGAUCAUGUUUAGAUCCAAUUAUUGUAGUUCAAUACAAAACCAGUUAAUGUAGUUCAAAUCUUGCACCAGAUUGUGCCUCAAAUGCAGCUUGAGUGACUUCAGAUCCGACGAGGCAUCCCGCCGAUGUUUGAUUUCGAAGAUCAAAAAAGGAAAGAGAGAGAGAAGCACAUUUUCAGCCCGUGAAACAGCAGGAGAAGUGGACAGCGCUGGCUGUGUACGUUGUCCGAGUUGUUCACUGUGGGAAUAUCAACCACAUCUAGCUGUGUUUGGGAGGUUUCUCGUACCACACACACACACACACACACACACGCUACAGAGUGGACUGGAUGAUCCUUCAAUCCAAGGAUGUUAAAAAAUUGGUUUUAUGCAGCCCAGUCAAGGACUAGCGAUAAUUCUAAGUUAAGAAAGGAAAGUCAUUAUUUCACAGGCCUACAGUCAGGUUUUUUUAAUGACGACAGCUGGACGGCUGCUUUUUAAGUCAAUGGGGUGAGUCUUUAAUUUAUUAUUUGCUGUGUGAAGGUUUAUAGAAGAGUCCAAAUGGAAUUGUACAAUUGUACAAUAAUAAUAUUGAAUAUUUGUUAGUUGCCCGCAUUUUUUCCUUUCCAUGUCUUAUGAUAUCUAUGUAUACACAGUGGCUGGUUUUAUUCACUCAUCAGGUUUUUCAUCCACAGUUCAGUCAAACAUGUCAAAACAGCUGAUGGAUGCGUCGCCGUCAAAAAUCACACUUUCACCACAGUGUGGUUUCAUGUAGCUAAAAACCACCCACGCCUGGUGGUGAACCAAAGAUCUGUUGAGGCAUUUUUUGUGUCACAGUUGACCGUAAAGUAAAAGUGUCUUUCAACCAAAGAAUUUGAUGCUGAAGCUUGUUUACAACACCGACGACACAUUUUAUCAUCUACUCUAAAGUGUUCUUUAUGGAGAUAUCUCCAAGUUCGAGUAUGUAAAGGAAACAUUUACAGCAUGUUUGUAAAACUGUUGCUGGUUUUUUACCUAGUCCCGUUUUGUCAGUUACAACCAGUUUCGUUACACCGGGGCCCAUUUCAGUGACAGCUUUUAACAAUUUUGUCGCUGGCAACAAGCAAAUAAAUAUGCAAAUCGCCUGCUCGUGCGUGGGUCAUGAGAAUGGCAUUUGGUUUGAUUAGUAAAAGAUGUCAACGAGGGCAAGAGACAAGGAUCUCAUGUUGCAGAUUUGCCGAAUUGACCCCUAAAGUCAUGUUCCAUAGACCUCUGCGUGCGGUAUUUCCAGUAUUACUGUGGUACUUUCCAAAAAUAAAUUUCAGCCCUAAAGAUAACUUUCAAUAUUUAUCAAUACAUUUCUAUCAUUAUAUCUUUCCUCCUGAAGACUGAUUUUUGAUCACUGUUUCUCAAACAUGACAAAAAAAAAAAAAUCUAAUGAUAUUUGAACUGCUUUUCCAAAUAACCGUUUUGUAUAAUUUUGUACUUUAAAAUUUUUU